CAUGCAUAUAUAUAUAUAUAUAUAAAUACAGUUAAAAGGAUCAUUGAAGAGCAGCAGCAGCCCUACACACUAUUUACAGCCAUUCUUGAUCUCUCUCUCUCUCUCUCUCUCUCUCUAUAAAUCAUCACUUGAACUUCUUCCUUUCUCUCUCUCUCUCUCCCCUUUCUCUCUCCAUAUAUCACACACAAUUGGUGAUUGGCUUUUCUUCAUUCCUCCGUGAAUGAAUUCUGUAUUCACAAAUCCCUUAAAUUAAUUUUCUCUCUCUCUCUCUAGGGUUUUAUCAGCCAAUCUGAUAAAUGGACACGACAUCAACGGCCACGAUCAUCCUAGCCUUUAUAGCAGCUUACAUCCUGUGGUUCAGAUCAAUUACCCGCUCCUUGUCGGGCCCCCGCCUCUGGCCCGUUCUGGGCAGCCUGCCCGGCCUCAUUGCAAACAACGGCCGUUUGCACGACUGGAUUUCCGACAACCUCCGCGCCGCCGGCGGCACUUACCAGACCUGCAUUUGCGCCGUUCCGUUUCUCGCCGGAAAAGAAGGUCUCGUGACUGUCACGUGCGACCCCAAAAACUUAGAGCACAUUCUCAAGGUUAGAUUCGACAAUUACCCUAAGGGCCCCACGUGGCAAGCGGUGUUCCAUGAUUUGCUCGGCGACGGCAUCUUCAACUCAGAUGGCGACACGUGGCUGUUCCAGCGUAAGACCGCCGCACUGGAAUUCACCACCCGGACGCUCAGACAAGCCAUGGCUCGCUGGGUCAGCCGAGCCAUAAAAACCCGGUUUUGCCCCAUUCUAGAAACGGCUCGGCUCGAGGGGAACCCGGUCGACCUGCAGGAUCUUUUGCUCCGGCUCACUUUUGAUAAUAUAUGCGGCUUGGCUUUUGGAAAAGAUCCGAUGACUCUGUCGGCCGGCUUGCCGGAAAACGGCUUCGCUUCGGCUUUCGACCGAGCCACGGAAGCCUCGCUGCAGCGGUUUAUUUUGCCAGAGUUUUUGUGGAAAUUUAAAAAAUGGCUUCGGCUUGGGAUGGAGGUCGGCUUGAGCCGCAGCUUGAGACACGUGGACGGUUAUAUGACGGACGUUAUAAAUAAACGGAAGUUUGAGCUGCUGAGUCAGCAAGGCGGUGGGGACCACCACGAUGAUUUGCUGUCAAGGUUUAUGAAGAAGAAGGAAAGCUACAGUGAUAAGUUUCUGCAACACGUUGCUUUGAAUUUCAUCCUCGCCGGCCGGGAUACGUCGUCGGUGGCGCUCAGUUGGUUCUUCUGGCUGGUGACGAGGAAUCCGAGGGUGGAGGAGAAGAUUUUGAUCGAGAUCUGCUCGGUUUUGUUGGAGACUCGCGGCGGCGAUGUUUCGAAAUGGAUCGAAGAUCCACUGGUGUUUGAGGAAGUCGAUCGGUUGAUUUACCUCAAGGCGGCUUUAUCGGAGACGCUCCGGUUGUAUCCAUCGGUUCCUGAAGAUUCGAAGCAUGUGGUUGCCGACGAUGUGCUUCCCGACGGGACGUUCGUGCCGGCUGGAUCGAAUAUUACCUACUCGAUCUACUCGUCGGGGAGGAUGAAGUUUAUUUGGGGAGAUGAUUGUCUGGAAUUCAAGCCGGAGAGGUGGUUGACGGAGGAUGGGAAGAGAUUUGCUCCGGUGGAUCAAUUUCAGUUUGUGGCGUUUAACGCCGGGCCGAGGAUAUGCUUGGGGAAGGAUCUGGCGUACUUGCAGAUGAAAUCGAUUGCGGCGGCGGUGCUGCUCCGCCACCGCCUGGUUCUAGUGGAGGGGCACAGAGUGGAGCAGAAGAUGUCCCUCACAUUGUUCAUGAAGGAUGGUCUGAAAGUCAAAAUUCAUCCUAGGGAUUUGGCUCCAAUUUUGACCAAAAUUGGGGAAAACUUCCCUGCAAUUGAAUUGAAGCACAGUAUCAAUACAGGUAAUUCUCCAUCUCAAGUGGAGAUGAUUAAUUGAGUCAAUCAUGAUUAAUUGAUACGAAUUAUAAGCAUAUCAAUCUGUGAAUAUAAGGAUGCAUAAUAAUAGAUACACGUAUCAAAUCACUACACAAUCUGGAAAAAUCAAGUGAGAUUUUCAUGAUUCACUGUGAUGGAUACCUUAAUUAAAAUCCCGAUUAAGGUGCCUCUCACACUGAAUCAACACUUUGUUAGUGUGAAAUUUGUAUGAUGAUGAACUAUGUAUGAUGAAUUGAAUAAUAUUCUGUUAUUGCCACUGCCAUAGAAGAAGAUGAGAAAGGGCUUUCAUCUUUCUAUAUUCAUCCGAAAACAAUAGUACAGAGCUUUGUAUUUGUAUUGGAUUUUGAUAUAUAUGAUGAAUAAAUGGUUACAGUUUACAUA